CCAGAAAACUAAUAUAUUACAACUGGGUCAAUAAAAAUGAAAAUAAAUUAUUAUCUGUAAUACAUGUGCUGCAAGCAACGUUGAGGCUCUUGUCUUUAUUCAUUAUAUUAUAUAUUACCAAUGGAUGAUUAAGGCCAGAUACUGUUUAACAUAUUUUCUGCUGACGCUUCUUUGAAGUAGAAUAAGAAGUAAUAGGAACGACUUUUGGGAUCUAGAUAUAGCUCAUCGUCUCAAACAUUUCUGGGAGCAUCAAUCGAGUUUGGGUCAACCAUGAGCAGAAGCCAAGUUUUAGAGUACGUAGAAACAGAUCCUACGGGUCGUUAUGGACGUUUUGCAGAAGUUCUUGGAAGGGGAGCGAUGAAGACAGUGUACAAAGCAAUCGACGAGAUGCUGGGAAUAGAAGUAGCGUGGAGCCAGGUGAAGUUAAAAGAGGUUCUACGUUCUUCUGUUGAUCUACAGAGGCUCUACUCUGAAGUUCAUCUUCUCAGCACUCUAAACCACAAAUCUAUCAUUCGUUUCUACACUUCUUGGAUCGAUGUUCAUUCACAUACUCUCAACUUCAUCACCGAGUUGUUCACUUCUGGGACCCUCCGACAAUACAAAAACAAGUACUUGCGGAUAGAUAUCCGAGCAAUCAAGUCCUGGGCUCGGCAGAUCUUGGAAGGGCUUGUUUAUCUCCACGGACAUGACCCUCCUGUGAUCCAUAGAGACCUUAAGUGUGAUAACAUCUUCGUUAAUGGACAUCUUGGUCAAGUCAAAAUAGGCGAUCUUGGUCUUGCAAGAAUUCUCCGGGACUGCCACGCUGCCACUAGUGUCAUCGGCACUCCCGAGUUCAUGGCUCCAGAAUUGUACGAGGAGAACUAUAAUGAACUCAUUGACGUUUAUUCCUUUGGUAUGUGCUUUUUGGAGAUGGUCACCUCUGAGUUCCCGUAUAGUGAAUGCACAAAUCCUGCGCAGAUUUACAAGAAAGUUGUUGCGGGAAAGCUACCAGGAGCCUUUUACAGAGUUGAAGACAUCGAGGCACAGAGAUUCAUCGGGAAAUGCCUUGUACCUGCCUCAAAGAGAGUAUCAGCAAGAGAACUAUUGCAAGAUCCGUUUCUCGCGUCUGACGAGUCCUGGAUGGUGUACGCAAAUGGUGCUAUGAAUCUGAAGCCCUUCUUGAAUGAGAAUGAAAUGGACAGACUGAAGCUGGAAGAUGAUGAGUUAGGAAGGACCAUAACUGAGGAGCUAGACGCUGAAGAUAACAAAAUCUUUCUUAAACUACCAAUCGGAAAUGAAAAUGGUCUGGCGAAGAACGUGUCCUUCUGCUUUGACAUCAUGAAUGAUACUUCUAUUGAUGUUGCAACGGAGAUGGUUAAAGAACUUGAGAUCACAGAAUGGGAUCCGGUAGAGAUUGCUAAAAUGAUUGAUGGAGAGAUCUCUUCUUUAGUACCUGGUUGGAGGUCUGAAGAAGAUGAUGAAUCCCCUCAUGAUUAUCAUCGUCACUCUUUUUCCUCGCAUUCAUCCUCUCAAGCUUCACUCUCUAACUAUGCUAUUGCUCCAGGCCGUCAAGAUUGGCUACAAGAUGAUUUUCACGAUGAGACGUAUUCUCAGGGUUCAUCAAAUUCAGGGUCUUACUCCAACCUGAACUACAUAUCUGUAGAUGAGCACAUCUCCCAACAACCUCCUGCUAUGAACAGAACUCACAACGUGACAAGGUUUUGCCCUGAAGAAAGCUAUCAUCUACAUUCAGGACAAGCCAAUAACAUGUAUGCAGCUUCUAGUUCAAGUAACUCAGACAACCGCGUACUUACAAGGAACCGCUCACUUGUAGACGUGCAUGGCCAGUUAAUGCAUCGGUCACUAAUAGAAGAGGCUAGAAAAAGAAGGUUGAUCAAAACUGUUGGAGACGUUGAAAACGUUGGGUUUCAGUCACCUUAUGCUGUUUCCCGGAAGCCACGGAGCUUAAGGCGUUAGCUUCUACUGAAUAUACUGUACAAUGUUUAUAGUAAUAAUGUGGAUAAAAACAAACUUGCUGGUUCCAAAAAUGUAAAAAGGUUACAUGUGUGUUUUUAAUAAAGGUUACAUGUGUGUUUCAAAUGAAACCAUGUUUUCUCGAAGGCCUUGAUGAUUAUGUCGUGGUACUCACUUGAGUUCAGAGAAAGAUAGCAUGCAAGAAGAUCUUCCAGGUCUUUUUGUUCCUUCAUCUUAUUCUCCACGAUCAUCUCAGUCAUGGAUUCUCUGAAGUCUUUCUCUGGAUCCAUUGAAGUCAAAACUAUAGCGAAACUCUCUGCCAUUUCCUUCUUCAUUGGUUGUGGGGACAUUCUUCUUCCCUUUGUCUUCUUUCUGGCGAUCCGUGGUGAGUUGGUCCGAAUCCUUAUCCCUGCAGAAGAACUAGCUUUCGGUUUCUUCAGUUUCUUCUGUGUCUUUAUCUGAAGAGGUGGUUUCUUUACAGUCUGAACCAGGACAGUACUCGAGUUUGAAGGAUCUUCAGAAACAUCAUCGAGCUUCUUCACGGAACUCUUGAUGUCAACUGAAUGGGAUUCAAGAUCAUGAGAAAAUACAUAGUGUUGGUCAGAAGGAGAUGAUGAUGACACAGGAUCUGACAAGCUUCCAACGGUGGAAUCAGAGACUGCAUUUGCAGAGGAUGGUUUGGAGCGAUGAUUACGAGAAGUGGUGAGAGAAGGCUCAAGAAUGAUUGUAUUUGCAGAGGUUGGUUUAGAGCGAUGAUUACGAGAAGUGGUGAGAGGAACAUGAGGGUUGAUGAAGGAGGAGGAAGAAGAAGAAAGCUUGAGCCUAGAGGAAGGCUUGUAAACAGUUUUACGUUUGAGUUUUCUCUUGAAAGGAGAUUUGGGUGGUGAAGAAGAAGAGCCUUGAGGGUGGAGAUAAGGAGAUGAAGAAAGACGAAGGCUGUUUCUUGAGGAAGAAGCAUCAGUGGAGGAGGAAGUGGAGAGGCGUUUGGGAGAAGGGGGAAUGUGGUGUCUGCUACCUCUGCUGAUUCCUUUGAGCUUAUAGAGCCAUGUGUGAGGCAUAAUAUCUGAAAAUCUGAACUUGUGAGUCCCCAUUUUCUGAUUCAUCUCUUUCAUUUUCUUCUCACAAGACUUUGAACUCUUGUGAA